AUGAGAUUCGAUCGGAUCUCCGUCGGAAAAUCGGUGGUUUUAUGGGUUACUUGGUCGAUCAAGGGGAGAUCCACUCAGAUCUGGGUAUUUAUUGGGGUUCUCAAUGCGAAGUAUAAUGAGAGGAUUUGUUGGAUCCGAGUGGAGUUUGGUUCUUCAAAUAUCAGGCGAUUUGGGGAUUUGGUCCGGGGAUCUCAGAUUCGAGUCUACAGACCUUCAUUCCGGAUCCUUAGGAUGAUUUCUGGGAAGGUACAGUGGGACAAGAGAUGGAGACGCGGUACAUCCCAAGAUCGGCACGAUUCGGUCACACACGAGUUUUCUCUGAUUGGGUUCCAACAAAGGAAAUCGGAUCACACGAUCAUGGGAUUGAUUCCUAGGCAUACAGCGGAAACAAAUGGAGCAGGGUCACAGUCAACUACAAUGACGCAGUUAGUCAAGCAGGAGGUUGCAGCAACAUUACUCUCUUCUUGGUGGGAGUCGGAAACCGGCACCACCUACACGAGGCUUGCGGGACACAAGAAUGGUGAAACAUGGUUUGGUUUUGUACAACAGUUUCAGUUUCACUUUGGUUACGACAGAGUUUUCACAGUGGAACCGUCUGGUGCGAGUGGGGGUCUGGCGCUUUUUUAUAAUAAUUCUUACGACGUCAAUAUUGUUUGCUCCAACAAGCGGAUUAUUGAUAUCGAAGCUCGAUAUGAGGGCAAGGUGAUCUUUCUGUCUUUCGUCUAUGGGGACCCAGUGGUCAAGUGGAGGGACCUUGUCUGGGAACGGAUUACAAGGAUUGGAACCACACGAACGGACCCAUGGUUUCUCAUAGGAGACUUUAAUGAAAUCACAGGAAAUCAUGAGAAACAAGGGGGAGCAUUACGCCAAGCAUCCUCUUUUGUUUCGUUUAACUUGAUGAUAAGUGAUUGUGGCUUGGUGGACUUCCCGAGUCGUGGAAAUAAAUUGUCAUGGAGGGGGCGGAGAAGGCAGAGGAUAGUGAGAUGCAGACUAGAUAGAGCUUUAGCAACAGAGGAUUGGCAUGAGUUAUUUCCGGUCUCCCACGUUGAGUAUCUACCAACGAUUGGCUCCGAUCAUAGGCCAAUCUUACCUACUCUGGAUUCCAAGAUAGCAAAGAGGCAGAAACAGUUUCGUUUUGAUAAACGGUGGAUCGGACUCGAAGGACUAUUGGAGUCCAUCAAACAAGGAUGGAAUAACAAUCGGGGCGAGGUGGCACCGGGAUUGGUUGACAGAAUUAAUAAUUGCCGCCAUGAGAUCUCGGUAUGGAGAAAGGAAAAAAAAACACACGGAAAACAACAGAUUGAAGAAUUACAACAGGCACUGGAGGAAGUACAAAAUGACGAUAACAAUACUCAGGAGGAACUUAUAGACAUAACAAAUAAACUGAAGGAAGCAUAUAGGGAUGAGGAGGCAUAUUGGAAACAGAAAAGCUGGAAUAUGUGGCUAAAAGAUGGGGACUUAAAUACCAAGUUUUUCCAUGCUUCUACGAAACAGAGGAGAGCCGUCAAUAGGAUUGUCGGGCUGCAUAAUGAGGCCAAUGUAUGGGUAGCAGAAGAUAAAGAGGUGGAACGGAUAGCUAUCGGUUACUUUGAUAAACUGUUUACGUCACUCUCACUCGGGGAUUUUACGGGAGUACUCAAGAAUAUACCACACCGUAUUAGUGACCAUGAGAACUAG